AAUGGCAAAACCCUCCUUUAAACCCCUCUGGAUUCGUUUCUACUUCACUUCUUGGCUGUUCUGCAGGAGCUUGAAGCCUGGUCUGUAAAUCCUUCAGUAAAGGAAGAAAAUGCCGCUGGGACUGAUAUUGGGUAUCGGCAGGGCGUUCCGGAGGAAGCGUACUUCAUCACUCGACAUUCUCUCCCCAAAAAGAGCGCCCAGGAAUUACUACAAGGGGAAGAAUUGCAAGCCGACUGGUUUUCACACUCGGAAAGGUGGGUAUGUUGUGGUGCAGGAGAAGUUACCAAAUUAUGUGGUCCCUGAUUUGACAGAUUUCAAGCUUAAACCAUAUGUCUCUCAGUGUCCAAUAGUUGCUAAUACGACUGAGCCUUCUGAACCAACUAAAUGAUCAAAUGGAGCAAGAGCAUGGGUUGGUUUGUUAUCCAUCUUUGUGUAACCCCUGAUUCAAGCUCAACAUGCUUUUUCUGGUUUCUAAACUAUUAAAAGUUUUCCGUCGUACUAUAGUAGUGUAGCUUAAGAUGUACGGAUGAUAUCACAACACAUUCAGCGUAUAAUUGUUAUGGAUAUGUGAUAGAAUAUAGCUACAGAAAUUGUGUUGUGUGAGCUGAAGUUCUUUUGAUGAG